AUGAUUACUAACGCUAAUUUGAUGUUGAUGGGGAUCUUGCUUGUUGGUACCUUACCAGUGGCAAGUCCUAAACUUCAAUCCAACAUGGUGAAAAGGCUUUGGGGAAACAAUGAUUGUGAUAAGUACAUUCUGCCAAUACAUACGAUGUGGAUACCAAGAGAGAGCUGUGAGGAAAAUAAGAGAUUCAAGUGCCAAUCCGGAUAUAUACCAGAAGUUCAGACCAAAUGUAAAAACGGAGCAUGGUAUUUGGAUCCAACUUGUCGAGCUGUAGAGUGUCCACAAGGCGAGAAAUUAACAAACUCUGAUUCUGUAACUGAAUCCAGAAUAUUUGAUGAAGUUUUUACUUUUGACUGUUCUGUUGGCUACACUAAGAAUGGUAAGGCGGGUAUUCUGAGGUGUGGUGAAAAUGGUACUUGGACAGAACAGCAAGCUUGUCAAGUUGUAGAGUGUCCACAAGGUGUGAAUAUCACUAACUCGGAUACUGUAACAGAAUCCAGAAUAUUUGAUCAAGUUUUUACUUUUAACUGUUUAAAUGACAUAAAUGGUCUGACGGGAGCUCAGAGAUGUGGUGAAGAUGGUAAAUGGAUAGAAGAGCAAGCUUGUCCAGAGGUAUACCGGGAAAAGGGUAUAACAAUACCUAGUUAUAAUCAAGUUAUAACAACCAAUUGUACUGAAGCUUGUCUUAACGAUACCCGGUGUAGCGUUUCUUUAGCAACCAUUCUAGGCUCAUGCAAACUCUAUGAAAAACCCAUUUUCUUCAUCAAGCCUGCUUCAAAUCUUCCCGAUUGCUUCCAGUUUUGUAAAAAUGACAUAAGAUGUUGGACAGUAUUUUUCCAAUUUUCCGUUUGCAACUUAUUCAGUGUCAACUACACUACGUUAGAAACUGUAUAUUCAAUUACAGACGGUGGUAGUGGGAUCAUUGUAUCUGGUUUUCAUUAACCACUGACGACAUCAUUUGUGGACAGAACAUAUUUGAUUAAAAAUAAGUUUAAUUAAG